CUGGCUCUUUAAUGGCCUCCCGCCGGUGUCCGGGAGCCGCGGGCUCGCCUUCCACUUCGAGCCCCGGAGAGCGCUCUCCCGUCCCGACUCACAGCGACCCGGCCCGGGAGUUGUUCGAGGCCUGCAGGAACGGGGACGUGGCCCGAGUGAAGCGGCUGGUCAGCGCCGACAACGUGAACGCUCGAGACACGGUCGGGCGCCGGUCGACGCCUUUGCAUUUCUCCGCAGGGUUUGGACGCAAAGAUGUAGUUGAGUUUUUGCUUCAGAGUGGUGCUAAUGUCCAUGCAACAGAUGAUGGAGGUCUUAUUCCUCUUCAUAAUGCCUGUUCAUUUGGCCAUGCAGAAGUUGUCAAUCUGCUGCUACGCCAAGGCACUGAUCCUAAUGCUCGAGAUAAUUGGAACUACACGCCUCUCCAUGAAGCCGCCAUCAAAGGCAAAAUUGACGUAUGCAUAGUGUUGCUUCAACAUGGAGCUGAUCCACAAAUUCGUAAUACUGAUGGGAGGACAGCGUUCGAUCUGGCAGAUCUAUCUGCUAAAGCUGUUUUGACAGGUGACUACAAGAAGGAUGAGUUACUGGAGACUGCAAGGAGUGGAAAUGAAGAAAAGUUGAUGUCCCUGCUUACACCACUGAAUGUAAACUGCCAUGCAAGUGAUGGUAGAAAGUCUACUCCACUUCAUCUAGCAGCAGGAUAUAAUCGUGUUAAGAUCGUACAACUGCUCCUUCAGCAUGGUGCUGAUGUUCACGCUAAGGAUAAAGGAGAUUUGGUUCCUCUGCACAAUGCAUGUUCCUAUGGCCAUUAUGAAGUCACAGAACUUUUGGUUAAGCAUGGUGCCUGUGUGAAUGCUAUGGACCUGUGGCAGUUUACUCCUUUACACGAGGCUGCCUCUAAAAACAGAGCAGAAGUGUGUUCCCUGUUGUUGAGCUAUGGUGCUGAUCCAACUUUACUGAAUUGUCACUCUAAAAGUGCAAUUGAUUUAGCACCUACUCCACAACUAAAAGAACGGUUAGCAUAUGAAUUCAAAGGACAUUCAUUACUACAGGCUGCAAAAGAAGCAGAUAUUGUCCGGGUAAAAAGGCAUCUUUCUGCAGAGAUUGUGAAUUUUAAACAUCCGCAAACUCAUGAAACAGCCCUGCAUUGUGUCGCUGCCUCUCAAUACCCAAAACGAAAACAAGUGGCUGAAUUAUUAUUAAGAAAAGGAGCCAAUGUGAACGAAAAGACACAAGACUUUUUAACACCACUUCAUGUAGCUUCAGAAAAGGCACAUAAUGAUGUGAUAGAUGUGCUUGUAAAAAAUGAAACCAAGGUGAAUGCCUUGGACAAUCUUGGCCAGACACCUUUACACAGGGCUGCACAUUGUGGGCAUCUUCAGACAUGUCGUUUAUUGCUGACCUCAGGAUCUGAUUCAUCUAUCGUAUCCUUGCAAGGUUUCACUGCAUUGCAAAUGGGUAAUGAAAGCGUACAGCAGAUGUUACAAGCAGAAGAUGUCUGUGUUGGAAAUUUAGAUGUGGAUCGGCAAUUAUUAGAAGCAGCCAAAGCUGGAGACUUAGAUGUUGUAAAGAGGCUAUGUACACUUCAGAAUGUAAACUGCAGAGAUGUAGAAGGUCGACAAUCUACACCACUCCAUUUUGCAGCUGGCUAUAACAGAGUGUCCGUUGUGGAAUAUUUGCUGCAACAUGGAGCUGAUGUUCAUGCCAAGGACAAAGGGGGUUUGGUUCCAUUGCACAAUGCUUGUUCCUAUGGGCAUUAUGAAGUUGCCGAACUGCUUGUUAAACAUGGUGCAGUAGUAAAUGUAGCAGAUUUGUGGAAGUUUACUCCAUUGCAUGAGGCUGCAGCUAAGGGAAAAUAUGAAAUUUGUAAACUUUUAUUACUGCAUGGUGCUGAUCCAACCAAGAGGAACAGAGAUGGAAAUACACCCUUAGACCUGAUAAAAGAAGGAGACACAGACAUUCAGGACCUGUUGAGUGGAGAUGCUGCCUUACUUGAUGCUGCAAAGAAGGGUUGUUUGGCCAGGGUGAAAAAGCUGUGUACACCAGAUAAUGUUAACUGCAGAGACACACAGGGCAGACAUUCAACUCCUUUACAUUUGGCAGCUGGGUACAACAAUCUAGAAGUUGCAGAAUACCUAUUACAACGUGGUGCUGAUGUGAAUGCUCAAGACAAAGGUGGCCUGAUUCCCUUGCAUAAUGCUGCUUCAUAUGGGCAUGUGGAUGUAGCAGCCUUGUUGAUAAAGUAUAUUGCUUGCGUAAAUGCAACAGACAAGUGGGCCUUUACUCCCCUUCAUGAAGCAGCCCAGAAAGGGCGGACACAACUGUGUGCCCUAUUGUUAGCGCAUGGAGCUGAUCCCACAAUGAAAAACCAGGAAGGGCAAACUCCGUUAGACCUAGUCACUGCUGAUGAUGUCCGAGCCUUGUUGAUUGCUGCAAUGCCUCCAUCUGCUCUGCCAUCCUGCUAUAAGCCUCACGCUGUUGUAAUCAAUGCAUCUCAAACAGCAGGAACCACAGCUCCUUCCUUACCCUCUGUGCCUUCCAGUCCAUCACAUCUCUCAGCUUCAACCAGUCUAGAUAAUCUUACAAAUAGUUUUUCUGAACUGGCUUCAAGUGGCAGCUUAUGUGGUGCAGAAGGAACUAUUGGUUUUGAGAAAAAAGAAGUUCCGGGAAUAGAUAUGACUAUUAACCAGUUUAUGAGGAAUUUGGGCAUGGAACAUUUAUGUGACAUUUUUGAAAGAGAACAGAUCACAUUAGAUGUAUUGUUUGAAAUGGGACAUAAAGAACUCAAAGAAAUUGGAAUAAAUGCUUACGGACAUAGACAUAAAAUCAUUAAAGGAGUUGAAAGACUAAUUGCUGGACAGCAAGGCAUCAAUCCAUAUAUAACUUUAAACACUUCCGGCAGUGGUACAAUACUAAUUGAUUUGUUACCAGAUGACAAGGAGUUCCAGUCUGUAGAAGAAGAGAUGCAGAGCACGGUUCGAGAACACAGAGAUGGUGGCCAUGCUGGAGGAGUUUUUAAUAAAUACAACUUUUUAAAGAUUCAAAGGGUAUGUAACAAAAGACUGUGGGAGAGGUACACUCACCGAAGAAAAGAAGUAUCUGAGGAAAAUCACAACCAUUCAAAUGAAAGAAUGCUAUUUCAUGGUUCUCCCUUUGUAAAUGCAAUAAUACACAAGGGGUUUGAUGAAAGGCAUGCUUACAUUGGAGGAAUGUUUGGAGCAGGCAUAUAUUUUGCAGAAAAUUCGUCCAAAAGUAACCAGUAUGUUUAUGGAAUAGGCGGUGGCACUGGCUGUCCCUUACAUAAAGACAGGUCAUGUUACAUUUGUCACAGACAAAUGGUGUUUUGUCGAGUAACACUAGGCAAGUCAUUCUUGCAGUUCAGUGCAAUGAAAAUGGCUCAUGCUCCUCCUGGUCAUCAUUCUGUCACUGGCCGGCCCAGUGUGAAUGGUCUAGCAUUAGCUGAGUAUGUCAUUUAUAGAGGCGAACAGGCUUACCCUGAAUAUAUGAUAACCUAUCAGAUUAUGAAGCCAGAAAAUUCAUCUGAUUGAUACUUUUUUUAAACAGUGUAUCACAAAGUUGACAUAAAUACACUGCAAUGUUACAUUUGCAUUUGUUUGGAAGGUGAACACAUUAUAUAAUUUCAUAUUUUGAAAACAAAAACAGUUACACCCCACAGAAUGUUGAUAGCUUUUACAAUGUGAAGAAUGUCAAUUGAACAACCUAAAAAAAACCUUCAGUGUACAAAGGAAGUAACUUUUCUGGAGAACUGCCAGUAUUCCAGCACUUUAAUAGAAACCAUUCCAGAAGAAAGCUGGCUUUUGCUUUUCAAAUUAUGGAUGAAAUGCCUUCCUUGCAGAAAGUGACUUGAAAUAAUUGUACAGAAUUCGGAUUUCUGUUGCUCUUUGCUAGUCUAAUCAUGACACUCGAUCUCUAUAGAAUACUGAAUUUGCAGAACAUUUAGCAGUGUUUCAGAUUAAAAACACCAUAAUAUGGUAUACUCAUUUGUAAAACAAUUGUAAAUAAAAAUGAUUUUGUACUAGUCCAGUAACUUAUUUACACUGCUUUUGUAAUAUGAAUGUACUGUGUUUUGAAGUGCAGACUUAAGAAUCUUUUGAACAGCUUAAUAGGUAAUUUUUCAAAAGUUCCUUGAUGUAUCACAAAUUUAAAAUAUCCCAGCUAUAUCAUCAUUGAAGUCCCAUUAAAGGGAAGUGAAUAGAUUUUGAAAAAUCUGCCUGCACUUUCAUUACUAUAAUUUUUCUUAUUCUUGAAGAAAAAUUAUACUACUAUCCAUGAAUUAUGUAAAUGAGUCAUGAAAUUACAUAAAACUGACCGUUAACAUUAAGAUAUGCAUGGAGAAAAAUAGACUUAGGGCAUGUGUAUAAUUGUUUUUUGACUUGCUGUUUUAGUUGCAUGAAAAAAAUUGUGCUCCCUAGUCAUUUAAUCCAUUAACUAAAAGUUCAGUGUUUUAAUAUGGUCCUAUCACUUGAAAUUCAUUGUAAGCUAAAUUUCUAAUUAUAUGAUCAUUGUGCAGUGUGUACAACCUACCCAUCAAGAACUGUGUUUAACUUAAAUGACUUGUCACAUUCCAUGCUUGUGUUAGCUCAUUACAUUAUAUUCGCUUGCAUCCUAAUGGUGUGUUGAUGAAUGAUUAUUGUAAAGCAUAUACAAUUUUGUGUAGGCUGUUUUAAUAAGAAGGAUGUUUUUAGUGCAGGUUCAUUCCAUAAUAUGUAUGUUAAUCUGAACUUGUUCUCAAUGUAUGGAAAUGUACCAGAAACCGGUUUAAGUCUUACCUUAUCCAAUAUACAUUGCAUUUUUUUAGAAUUAAAUAAAUUUUUGAUUUGUCCACCUACGAGAGUCAAUUCACAAAUUCCCGUUUGUCAACUCAAUUUGUAUCUUUUCAUUUGACUUUGAGAAAAAAAAUCCUUGCUACCAGAACUGCAGAAAAACAACUAAGAUACAAUACAUCAAUGAAUCUCACAGUUAUGUAUUUGAGGAAUAAAGUGUCACAUAAAGCAUUUUUUAAAAAAUUUGCAGCUCAUGCACUAAGACUGAAAAAUCCCUUGACAUUCAUUUUAAUGUCACUGAGAUGUUGAGUAACUUUAUUACUGUAAUUAUGUAACAAUAAAGAACUUUAAAAAUGUCACAAUAAAAC